UCAGUGAACCGAUCACGGUUUUCCCAAUAAUGUAAAAAUACCCACACGCUCAGUGGAAGUAUCACAUGUGCCAGUACGAAUAAAUUGGCCGAGGCAAGCAAGUUUUGAUACAUUGCGGUCAUCUUGAAACCAAAAAGCUGGUUUACAUUCCUGAUUGUACGGCCUGCUUGGUUGUCCUGUUGCCAGAAUGGCGAUCGUCGACCUCCAUCUUCUCGUGCAGACAGUGUUGUACUGUUGUACAUUUAUCUGUGGAUUCAUGGUGUCAAUUCCCAUAGGUGUGACACAUACGAACUUUGACGGGAGUUGUAUGCUGUACGGCGAUUUCGAAUGGAAGUCUAACAAUGAAUUCAUUAUGCAAUCAAGUGAUCAGCUUAACUGUAACUUCUCCAUCUACCUGAGCGUGCUAGGCGGCAUUUUCUACUCGCUAUUUCUGCUGGCCUACAACGCCUACGCACUCCACAAAUCUAGAUCAAAUCACAAUGUUGGGUUGGAAAUGUGGGUGCUGCCGUUUAUAUUGCUGAAUUCCGUGAUGACAAUCCUGGUCCUGAUCUCCUCCUGUAUUAUCACUGUGGGGUUUAACGCCUUUUGUGACGGCAUCACGAAGGGCCGUUAUAGUAACAAUUGUCCUGAUGCUCAAAACGGGGAAUGGACUAGACAAGGUACUGAUGUACACUUCAACGUGGGAAAUUUCUACGAAUUAUUGACUGUGGCAAAGAUUGCCUCUUGGGUGGCUUUCCUGCUGUGGUUAGGGCAAGUCGCUCUCGGUAUUCUUCGCUUCAUCAGAAACAGGACACACCGAACACGGAACGCUGAUCGAGAUCGUCUCGGCGCCGAACACCCAUCUUCAUGAACGGGGUAUUGAAAGAGAUCAUGUUAUUAACAGUUAUAGAUCUAGAUGUGAACGAUAUUAGUAUCAAACCCGGAGAAAAGAUCUGCAUCGAUAAUUGAGAUUUAUUCAGC